AUGUUGCGGGAUGGCAUAACAGGUGACUGGAUUGGAACCUUCCUCGGCCACAAGGGCGCAGUAUGGCAAGCCCGGCUCUCGACAGAUGCGAAUUUGGCAGCAACCGCAGCUGCGGACUUCUCCGCCAAAAUCUGGGACACUCACACCGGCGAAUGCAAACACACUCUCCAGCACUCGCACAUCUGUCGCGCAGUAGCGUUUCCAAUCCAGCCUUCCCCGCAGGUCGUCGCAACAGGUGGCUUCGAGAAAAAGCUUCGCAUCUUCGACCUCACUCGCAGUGGGGGCAGUAACAGCUCCUCACCGACGAGUGCCACCCCCAACACCGACGCCAGCCCUUCCGCAGUAACAAGCUACGAGAUUGGCCCCGGCGUUCACGGCGGAACCAUCAAAUCGAUCGUCUGGAACCAGGACUACAACAUCCUCACGACCGCCGCGGAAGACCGCAAGAUCAGAUGGUGGGAUCUUCGCUCGCGCCACCCCGUCGUCGAAUACGCCGUGGAAGGUACCAUCGGAAGUUGCGAACUGAACUCCCUCGCCGUCAGACCCAACGACGCCGGAAUCCUUACCGUCGCGGCCGGCAGAUCCGUCUAUCUCUUCGACGGCCUAAGCCCCGGUCGUCUCUUGAAGAAGAUCGAUUUCCGCUACGAGGUCGCCAGCGCAGCAGUUAACAAUGAAACAAGCAGACUGGUCACGGGUAGUGCCGAGGAUACCUGGGCGAGAGUAUACGACGUCCGCACGGAGGAAGAACUGGAGGUCCAAAAAGGUCACCACGGUCCGAUCUGGUCCGUCAGUUUCUCGCCUGACGGCAAACUCUACGGUACAGGAAGCGAGGAUGGAACGAUCAAGUUGUGGAAGGCUUGCAGGGAGCCGUAUGGUCUCUGGCGGUGA